AUGAUUCUUCUGUGGAUCAUCGGUUGGGCGGUCCUUCCGUUUAUUCAAUCUGUGGCCAUAGUUGACACUUCUAUUGCAUGUGAUAAGACAGACUUUCUUCUAAAAAUCAAAUUUGACGAAGUAUUUCAUGGCACAAUACAAAGUCGUUCAGGCCAUCCAAAGUGUAUUUAUGCAAAUGGAACAUUACAACCAGAUACGAAAUAUCAGUUGAAGAUUCCAUUGAAAGGAUGCUCAACGAAGGAGAACGGAGAGGGAAACCUAGAAAAUGAAAUUGAAGUUGUCAUGGGUUCGAAUAAUGACUUCAACGUGGAAACUGACAAAAGGUUUCUCCUAACUUGCAUUCCAGCAGCGCCUGUACCAAAAGAAUCACAAGUUACAGUAUCCUUCGGAGGAAUUACGAUAAAUUCGGAUGCCACGACCGCAAGUAGUAUUCUGAAUAAUCAGACGGUUGACUACCGCGUACGCGUCCUCGAUGGCGCAAGCCUUGACGCCAAACAAUUGCAACGUCCAUUGGCAGUCGGAGACAAAGUGACGUAUACUGUUGAAAUGAAAGAUGAUCAAAAUGGACGAAUCGGACGGUGUUGGGCAAAUGAUGGGAUCUCGGAACUGCCGUUAUCGGAUUCUCAAGGAUGCUCUCUGCAGACUUCCGGAGAGGUGUGGGGUGACUUUGAAGUGUCUCGUCGUGACGGAAAAACCAUUUUCUACAACCACAUCAAAGCGUGGGCAUUCCCUACGAGUAAUGAAGUGAAUAUCUUCUGUAACCUCCACGUCUGUGUCACUUGCUCUCAACCAUCGUGCCGUGGCAGAGAACGUCGUCAUCACCCGGAAACUCCAGUAUCUGACCCCUUCAGUUCAUCGAUAGACGUCUCCGACAUCUCACCUCCAAUAGCUGUCCGAACAUCGUUCCGAUUGAAACGAGAGAAUCAAGCUCGUCUCGAGACAUCUCCGACGUCUUCAUUUUCUUCCUCUUCCUCUAAUUCUUCUCCUUCUGCCAAUCACGUCUUCCUCGUGCCGCUUCUCUUAAUCGUUGCUUCAGGUGUCUUCUCCUUGUUCUGA